UGCCGUGCCGUGCCGUGCCGUACAGCGCGCGUACAGUUCCGAGUUGUAAAGCAAAGUAAAGUAAAUCUGGUUUAUAAUUUUUGUAGGGAAGCGGUGAGAAAUGUCACCUAAAGUCAUGGUGCCCAAUGAGCGAAAGCGAGAGCGAAAACGACGCGCAAAAAAGGCGCAGCCAGCGGCGCCGAUCAGUAGGCGCGACUUUCUGCGCAUGGCCGAGGAGGAUGCGUGCUCCAUGUACGGGGGUCCCGGCGACCCGCCGCCUCCGGUGCCGGAAAGACCAGCAGCCCUGAGUGCCGAAAUGCGUGCGUUCAAUGUUGAGGCACAAUUGAAGCCGAAAGUCGCGACGGCCGAGCAGACCGCCCAGGAGAUGCAACCGAAAUCGUUGCCAGAUGAUUUUGUAGCGUCAGAGAGGGUAGUUCCAGCAGUGCCGAUUGUGGAACCACUCAAGGAACCACCAAAGGAACCACCUAAGGAACCAAUCGCGGCACCAAUCGUGGCACCAAUCGUGGCACCAAUCGCGGCACCAAUCGUGGCACCAAUCGCGGCACCAAUCGCGGCACCAAUCGUGGCACCAAUGGCGGCACCAAUCGAGCAAACAUUCGUCGAAUUUGCGGAGCAAUUCAUCAAAGACGGCGCCCAAUUCAUGUCACCAAUGCAGCAGCCAGUAGCGGAUAUUUUCGACUCACUGUGGGCGGAGUUCGAUGAGCCAGCCACCAACUGGGGACUGCCGGCUGUGGACGCGAAUCUCGUGCCGCCCACUGCACUGCUGCAGCCGCCCCAAGGUGAGCUGCCGCCCGCUGCACAAUAUCAUCCAACACAAUGCGACACACUGCCAGCCAACAACAAGCAAUCAUUACACGACCUACUCGACUCUCUGUGUGUUGGCAGUCCGAUGCAGCAGCAGCAGCCGCCGCCGAUAGCCGCCCCGAGUUUUAAUCAGAGCUGGGACUAUAUGUCUGCAUGUGCCUCCGAUUCGGGCCUAGCCCCGCCGAUAACACAGGCAUUCAAUCAGCCCAUGCAAACGCAAUCGAAUUCAUUCGCUGCAUCAGCUGGUCAGAGCUGGAACUCCGCUGAUAACUUUUGCGGCGUUCAAGCGCAGACAUUCAAUCCGCCAGCAGGCUAUCAGAGCUGGGACUCGAGCAAUCAUUUUCAGCGUCAAAACUCCAUGCGGCCGCCUGUUCAACGGGAAACAGCCUACCAAAGCUGGAACUCUGGCUUUGAAAUUGAUACCCAGCGACCACCAGUUGCUCCACAAACUCACCACAGCUGGCAGACAGUCACACAAAAUCCUGCGCACAAUGGGCAACAAUUUGAAAGUCCUUGGAACAGUCAGAGCUGCCAGUCGGGCUUCAAUAGUCAACUGGGCACUGUGCCACAGCUGCAGCAAGUGCCCCGCGCUGCGCAGCAUCCUUUGCCCUUUCGGAGCUGGCAAAAUCAACAGAAUAAUGGGCAAUCAUCAAACCCUGCAGCACACAAUUCAUAUGCCCAUCAGAGCUGGGACACUGGACUGGAAAAUCAGCAUACAAAUGGCUUACCCCCGCGAUACAGUCGCUCGGCACUGGCGGCUGUGAGCCGUGUGCAAGAUGCGGUAAAGAUCAGAGCUACGUAUAAGCCUUCUGAGAACUGGAGCGCUUGGGUGGAAGAGCAGCUUGGGGAGCAGCCUUCCGUUGAACAGCCAGCACAGCCGGCAGUCAAUGCUGCACCCGUUCAAAAAUCCUCUCCGAGCAAACAGCAGCUGGCAAAACCUUGUCCGAGCUCCGACUCGGGCCUCGUAAAACCACCGAAAACUCGCGUGAGACCAGCAGACAACAACAAUCCGAUUCCGAUUCCGAUUCAAAUGACAAAGUCUGUGUGCAAAAACCAAGUUAAUACUGUGACAGCGGCGCCUACUAAGCCAAUGAAAGCAGCCGCACAGCCCGUAACUGUGCCAAAGCCUGCUCCGAGCGUGAACUCUGCUCCCCAGAAACCAAGCGAACAUGGCAAAACUCUACAGCCACACAUCAAGCCGCCUGUGACCCGGGUGAGACCAGCAGACAAUGCGCCGACGAAGCCAAAAGCAAGUCACAACACGGCAGACAGCUGCAUGAGUACACCAAAAGUUAACCAGAACCAGUUAACCGGCAAGGCAUUAGCUCAAAGUCAACUUAAAACUGAUAGUGCUGCACCAAAGCCCAUAACACGCGUGAGACCCGCAGACAAUUCGAUGCCAGUGGCAAAAUCUGUGGCCAAAAAUCAGAUUCCCAAUGUGCCAGCGCCCAUUUUGGCCAAGAAACCAGCUGGACAGGCCAAAGCUAUGCCAAAUCCUUGCCCAAACUUGACCGCUGCCAGCCAAAAACAGACUCAAGAAGCGAAGACACUGCCUGAAGCCGUGAAGCCGGCUGUGAUCCCUGGAGACACCACUCAAAGCUGCGACUCUGCCCUCAAAAUUGAGCUUGAGAAUGGAGCAAUAAUCUCAAUGCCACAGGUACAGGCCCCUCAAGCAGCCCCACCGGCAGCCAAUCCAAGAACGAUCCAACAGCAGCAGGCCGCUCAGCAGCUGGCCACGACGGGCGGCAAGGUCGUGCAGCGUAAUCCUGGCGCGGCACAGGGCUUCAGCGGACCGAUGAUGACCUACAUAAAGGACGACCAUGGCGCGGACAUACCCGUCUCGUUUAUGACGGGACCCGAUGGCUUGAUCACACAGGUGACAAGGCUGCCGCCGAAUGCGGUGGCUGGUCGAGCGGCAGCCAAUCGAUUCAGCGGCGGACUGCCGCAGCUGGAGCCCAUCACGGGCAAGGAAAUGCAGCAGAUCCUGCAGACACCCAACUCGUAUACGACGCUCCAUGGCCCCGUCAACGGGCCCGGCGGCGGCAUCGGCAUCGGCUCUCGCGCCGCUCUGGGGCCCGAUCAGGCCGUCGAGGACGAGGAGGUGGACUACGAGGAGAUUGGCGUGGCGGAGACCUUUGCCGAGUACUGGCCCACCAAGCUCAAGCAGGGCAUGGCCCAUCCGGAUGCCGUCGUCGAGACGGCCACCCUGUCGUCGGUGGAGCUGCCGGACAUCACCUACGACCUGUCGCUGCCCGCACACUUUCAGGUGUCGGGCUGCCUGAGUGCCCUGCAGCUGGAGGCGGUCAUCUAUGCGUGCCAGGCGCACGAGCGCAUUCUGCCGAGCGGCGAGCGUGCCGGCUUCCUGCUGGGCGAUGGCGCCGGCGUUGGCAAGGGCCGGGCCAUCGCCGGCACCAUCUACAACAACUAUCUGAAGGGUCGCAAGCGUGCGCUGUGGAUCUCCGUGUCGAAUGACCUCAAGUUCGAUGCGGAGCGGGAUCUGCAGGAUAUCGGGGCCAAGAUCAAGGUGGUGGCCCUGAACAAGCUCAAGUACUGCCGCAUCGAUUCCGAGGAGAAUGGCCGUUUCCGGAAGGGCGUCAUCUUCUGCACGUACACGGCCCUGAUUGGCGAAUCGCUGACGGCCGCCUCCAAGUACCAGACGCGUCUCCGGCAGCUCGUCCACUGGCUGGGCCACAAUUUCGAGGGCGUCAUCGUGUUCGAUGAGUGCCACAAGGCCAAGAAUCUGACGAUGGGCAAUGCGGGCAAGUCGACCAAGACGGGCGCCACCGUGCUGGAGCUGCAGAAGCAGCUGCCGAUGGCUCGGGUCGUUUACGCGUCGGCGACGGGCGCCAGCGAGCCCCGGAAUAUGGCCUACAUGACACGGCUGGGACUGUGGGGGCCGGGCACCGCACACGAGGAGCUGGUGGACUUUGUGUAUGCGGUGGAGAGGCGCGGCAUUGGGGCCAUGGAGCUGGUGGCAAUGGACAUGAAGCUCCGGGGCACCUACAUUGCCCGCCAGCUGAGCUUCCAGGAUGUGAGCUUUCGCAUCCAGGAGGUGAAAAUGCAGCCCUCCUACACGAAGGUGUACGACCAGGCCGCCGAACUGUGGGCGGACAUCGGCAAGAAGUUCACCAAGGCCUGCCAGCUGAUGCACGUGGACAGUCGCCUGCAGAAGAUCAUCACGUGCCAGUUCUGGUGCGCCCAUCAGCGCUUCUUCCGCAACCUGUGCAUCGCCUCCAAGGUCAACACGGUCGUCAAGAUGACCCGCCAUGCGAUGCGGCACGGCAAGUCUGUCGUCAUUGGCCUGCAGUCGACGGGCGAGUCGCGCACGCUCGAGCAUCUGGAGCGGCAUAGCGGCCGGCUGACGGCCUUUGUGUCCACCUCCAAGAUGAUACUGCAGUCGUUUGUGGAGAAACACUUUCCGGCGCCGCGGCGCGAGGCCUUCAUCGAGCUGCUCAGCACGGGCGAGUUUGUGCCCGAGACGCGCAACCAGCCGCCGCGUGCCAAGAAGCCGCGGCCCUCGCAUAUCGACUGGAUGGACGAUGUGGAUGUUGGCUCCGAUGACAGCGACAUGGACAGCCUGCCAGAGGGCUGGCCCGCGCUGCCCGAGGAGGGGUCGCUGAAGGGCCAAGGCCGCAAGCGACGUGGCCGGCCACCAAAGACGGACAGGGUGGAACGGUUGACCAUGCAGGAUCGCAUCCUGCAGCACUUGUACGAGAAUAUGCUGGCCGCCCGGCAGUCACCGGGCACCGAGCGCGAUCCGAGCGUGCCCCAGCCGCCGAAAAUCACCGAAGACGAUGUCACACGCUGCAUCCUCAUCAAGGAGAAGCUGCUGGAGCGCGUGGAGGAGCUGGGCCGCCAGCUGCCGCCCAAUACGCUGGACAAGCUGAUCGCCAAGCUGGGCGGCACCAGCAAAGUGGCCGAGAUGACGGGCCGACGGGGCCGUGUCGUCUGCCUGGGCCGCAAUGCCUAUCGCUACGAGUCGCGCGUCGAGGCGGACACGUGCAUGGAUCUGGUCAACUACCGCGAGAAGCAGCGCUUCAUGGAGGGCGAGAAGUACGUGGCCAUCAUCUCGGAGGCCGCCUCCAGUGGCAUCUCGCUGCAGAGCGACAAGCGGGUGCUGAACCAGCGACGGCGCCUGCACAUCACCCUGGAGCUGCCGUGGAGCGCCGAUCGGGCCAUACAGCAGUUCGGACGCACCCAUCGCUCCAAUCAGAUCAACUCGCCCGAGUAUGUGUUCGUCAUCACGAAUCUGGCGGGGGAGCGACGCUUCGCGUCGACAGUGGCCAAGCGGCUGGAGAGCCUGGGCGCCCUCACACAGGGCGAUCGACGGGCCACCGAUGCCCGGGAUCUAUCGCAGUUCAACAUCGACAACAGCAUUGGCCGCAACACGCUGGAGCAUGUGAUGCAGCAGAUGGCCGGCGAGCGGAUGCUGACAGUGAAGCACAUUCCGGACGACUACGGGGGCAACUUCCAUGAGGACUGUGCCACGGCGCUGGCCGGCGUGGGGCUGCUCAGCAUGCGGCAGGAGAACAACCGCAAGAUGUUCACCGUCGAGAAGGACAGCAACAACAUCACAAAGUUCCUCAAUCGCAUACUCGGCUGCCGCGUGGAGGUGCAGAACGCCAUCUUCAAGUUCUUUCUGGGCAACAUGUACGCGCUGAUCGCCCAAAUGAAGCGCACGGGUCGCUUCGAUCUGGGCAUACUCGAUCUGGACGCCCAUGGGGCGUAUGUGACGUCCGUGAAGCUCAUGCGAUUCACGAGGCAACACACCACGGGCACAGCGGCCACAGAGCUGCACACGGUGAUGGUGGAGCGUGGCAUGGCCUUCGAGCAGGCGCUGGCCAAAUACCGCCGGGAGGCCAAGGACUCGCACGAGGGUUUCUACAUCCUGAAGCAGAAGCGACGCAACAAAAACAUCGCCGUGCUGUGCCUCAAUGGGCAAUGCAACGACCCGGUGCCCGGAUCCACAGCACGCAAAGAGUCCUCCUCCUCCUGCUCCUCCUCCUCCUCCUCCUGCAGCAGUGCAGAGACUGCCGUCCAUCUGCAGCUGUACCGGCCCAAUACCGGACCCCAGGUGAAGACCGAGCAGCUGAACAACAUUUCGCUGCGCUAUGUGAAGGUGCCGCCGGAGGAGGCGCAACCCUACUGGCAGCACCAGUACGAUGUCUGCCUGAACAAGUGCUCGCAUGUGUUCUGGAGCCGGCCCUGCCCCAAUGCCAACAGCUGCGAGGUGGGGCUGCGCGUGCGCAGCUACCACGUGCUCUCGGGCCUGAUGCUGCCCAUUUGGGGUCGCAUCGAGAAGAUCAUUGAGCGGAAUGGCCGCAAGAUACAGAUCAUACGCGUCAAGACGGAUGUCAACAAGAAGAUUGUGGGCACCGUGGUGCCGGCGAGUGUCUACAACGAGCUGGUCGAGGAUUUGUCAGCGGAUUCAAAAGUUUCGAGCACCUAGAAAAUGGGGAAGGGGCCGGUGCCAUGACGGUCGCCAUAGAUCUCUGUUAUUGUAUGCCACUUUGGCUUUGAUAUUUUUGCAGUGAAAUAAAGCACACCAUUCACCAGGCAGUCUCUGGGGCAGUCUCUGCCACAAG